AUUUCAGGAAAUUUAUUCUGAUUUAAGAAUAAUCCACUUUAUGUGGCGAUGGGAUAGCAGUGGUAUCUGACUGUGAAAUAAUCGAAGGUUGUAAAAUAACGUGAAAACCCUUGGGGUUAGUAUUAAUACGUAAUCUUUAAAUACAGACUACCACGAUUUUCCUUUGACCACCCUUUCAUUUUGACCCCCUUUCGUAAAGAAUAAUCCUUAAUCUCAUAAUCCGCACUGCUGUCUGUAGAGAGAGCAGACUGUCAGUCAGAGCGAGUUUAACAUGACUUCCUUCACAAAGGGUGAGGAGGAGCGCCAUGACGAUCACCAAAGAAAGGCAUACGAGAAUCUACAGCACAAUCAGCAGAGGAGAAUGCAGCUCCAGAAUGAUCUUCAGUCACAGCAGCGAAAUCAUCGCCUGAGCAGGGCAGCCUGGCUGCAGGGCCGCUGGUUGGAGAUCAGUGAGCAGGAGCGCAGGGCUCAGAUCAAGAACCAAAAGCUGCUGCAGGACUUUCAGAGAGCACAACACACGCUCAGUGACAUGGUGGCCCGCACCGAAGCCAUGAACACUAUACGGGUCAGCUAACACACAAAACUUCCCUGCCUUCCAUACAUGCAUCGUCAGAAAUUUUUUUUACUUUUCGAGGCUUGUCAGUUAUAAGAGCAGAACUGUCAAAUAAAUGACAUUAUAUCUGACAUUAUAAGUCACCCUGAAAUAAAAACAAUUGUUUUUUGGUAAUUAGAAAACAACAACAAUACAAUGAUCUAAUUAGUUCCUGAAGGACAAAAUCAAAGUUCCACCCUACAUUGCUUUUUCUAAGAGUGUGCCUUCUAUUAUUAUGCAUUGAUAAGCAGAUCCAUCAUAUGACAUGCAUUUGUCCUCUAAAACUUAGAGAUUAGGUUUUGCCAUUCCAUGUACAUGUUGUUGCUUAACUAAACUAACCUAGACAUUUUCUCUUUAAAAGUUCAGUAUGAACAGUAUCUGGAAGAGAGCUUCCCACGAUGGCAACAAAGACUCAAAGACAUAAGAGUUUCUGAAAGGUCAAAGCAGGUACAGCAGCACUUAAAGAGCUAUAUUCAGACGAUGGAAAAGGAAGAAGGUAUCAAGUCUGAACACAGGUCUGACUUUAGAGGCCACCUGUCCUCCAAUUUUCCAGACGCAUCUCAGCCUUCACACACCAUGCUAAACACUCAUCGGAAAGUGAAAGACAUCAAGCAAAAUCCUGAAAGAUGCAACCAUGAUCCUUACAUUCCACCCACUUGGUUAACUGGCUCACAGCCUUCAAUUUCCGGACUCCCCCAAAACAAUGCAAGGAUUACAAAAACCUUCAGAACAAUCAAACCUUAAAUAAUCCCUUGCCACCUUACUAUUCUUUACCUGGCGAUUUAGUCCAUCAGUCACAUUCUCCAGUCCAGCAAAAGCCACCAUCAAUGGACCAUCUGUGGGCUGGUAUAAGGCAAGAGUUUAUGCCUACAGCUCACUUCACUCCUCCUGCUGCUUCCCAGCCACGACUUCCUGUGCUGAACCCCAUGACGUGGGGUAUGAUGGAUGUACCAGACCCCAGUGAGGAAAGAAUCCAAUGCAGUGAGCCAGACAAGGAAAAGGUGACAAACAAAACCAAAACACAGGAGGAAAGGGAAAGAGAGUGAUCGGUCUUCUGAGCUCGACUGUAGACCAGUGCGUCUAUCAAUCAACCAUGAAGAAAGUAGUGAAGGUAGCAAUGUGUCCUCUAAAGUUUCUGGGAUGCAAAAACGGAGAAAGAAAAAAACAGAUGGGACAAAAUCAAAUUCUACAGAAAAUAGGAAUGAAUCUCACGGCUCUUCCACUGUGUCACAAGAUGCUUCAGAUAAUAACUUGGGCCAAAAAUCAACCAAAAACAUCAAAAGCAAUUUAAUAAGUGCAACAGCAAAGAAUCCGUUAUCGCAGAAGACUGUUGAUGCAGUGAUGCAAGAUGAAGACGAACAAGAAGAAAGCAAGAGCCAAGAAAUUUCUCAGAGUAGUGUCAGCUCUGGAAAGAAAGAUGGAUCUGAAGGACUUAAUGUUAGAGAGGAAGAAGAUUCUAAUGAAGGAGAUGAUGACAGUCAUGACAUCAUUGUGGCAGAGGAGAAAAUAAGUCACAGAGAAGCUAAAGAUGAAGACGAGGAUGAAGAAAGCACAGAUGGAGAUGAGGAAGCAGAAUUUGAUGAUGAAGCACAGGGAUGCGAUGAAGAAGGGAGUGAGACAGUGGUGGGAAAGAGAGAUGAGACUGAACCCAGUGAUAGAGAAGAUCCAGAAAGGGAAGGCGUUGUUCCAGAUGACAUUCCAGAUAGUGGAGAUGGAGGAGAAACAACGGAGGAAGAGGAAAGAGAAAAUAGUUUUCAAAAUACAAAGGAGGCUAGAAAGACUCAAGAAACUGUAGAAGAUGAGAGAGAAAUUCACAAAAGCCUCGAGGAGUCUGAAGAGGAAGAGGUUUACAAUCAAGAAGUAGAAGAUGAUGAAGAAGAAGAAGAUGAGGAGGUUGUGGUUGAGAAAUCAUACCCCUGGUCAAGAGACCCUUUUGAUGAUCAUACAAAAUGCCCUGAGGAUGAUGAGGAUGAUAUUGAAGGUCUUCUCAACCCUGUCAACUCCCAAACACAGCAGGAGGAUGAUAUGAAGGAGACAGAGCAAUCAAAUGAUCAACCAUCUGAUUCAGAGGAGGAAAAUCUACCACAGAAGAGUCAUCCUGCAGCCACAAAUGAGAUAGUGGAGUCUGAUGAUGAGUUUGACCACUUCUAUGAUUAAACCAGAAACUAGAACAGAAAGAUGGGAAACAGAAAAAGAAUUGAACAGAAAGAGAAAACCAAUAAAGGAUGAAUAAGCUGGACAGAAGCUGCAAUAACUCUAUGCUUUCAGAAAAUAAGCAAGGUGCACACCCUAAACAGCAGCUUCAGACCGGCCAGAGAGCCACAAGGCCGAGCAAUGAAUAGAGGAAUCACAUUACAAAGGGAUGAAAGAGGAAAGAAAGGGAUAAAUAGAUGCUGGGUGUCCCUCAUCUUUUUUUGUUAUUUGCUGGUAGCUUAUCUGACUGUCCUGAAAGAACCGCACCACUGUCACUCUGCAAACACAGGUGGAUCCAGAGAUGAAGAGAGAACAAUAGAGGAGAUGAAUAGUGGAUGACGUUAAACGAGAGAAGCCAAGUUAUAGAUUUUAUUCUAAGCACAUAGCUGGAAUGCUAUCACUUUUCUAAAACAGAAAAGUGUUUCUUUAAUCUAAAUCAGUGUCCUAUAGGGAAUCAAAGUGUUUGCCCUGAGUUCUUUGGAAUUAAUUUAAAUGUAGCAAGAGUUUGAACGCUUUCUCAUUUAGAUAGGGAGCGUGGCCUGAAGCGAGGGGGAUGAGUGUGGGUUCGGGGGAAGCGGGAAGGAGUGCAGGCCUGUCACUGCCUCUGACUGAUGGCUAUUUGAACAGGCAUAUUUACCCGAGCCCUUGUGAAAGGAGACGGAGGGACACUAACGGAGACGUGCAGGCACAGACAGGCAAUAAAAAGCUGGCCACUGUGUAAACAACAUGGCCUAGUCUGUUCGGCCGCUGCCAUGCCAACAGGGCAGCUUCCACUCUCCAGCCAAUCACAUGCCAGCUUUUUGACAAGCGGAACAAAACCCCCAUUGGAUGUUUUAAGCAGCCAUUGAUUAAAUGCUUCUAAAAUAAAAUAUUAUCUUCUGUGUUUGGGUCGUUGAUACUUUUUUGGAUGUGACGUCCUGCAGAGUGACAUGCUGUACUGUUUUAAACAGCAUUUAAUAGUUAUUUUAGAAUUGUUGCGCAUGCAGAUUUUUUAUGACCUCUGAAUUUUGUUCUUUUAAAAAUUGUCACAAC